AUGGCUGCCUGUUGGCGGAUCGGGAAAGGGUCGCUGGAGGCCACGGACACCAUGGAUCACAAGGAGCCAUUAGAGGCAGACUUCCCCUAUUCCGAGAUCACCACCCGCCAGCAAACAGAAGACUCGAACAUGAGCAUUGACGACACCUGGAGCCCCGGCAGCUUUCACUCUUAUGUUGCCAGCCCGGCUGCACGGAUGCAAGACGGGAAGCGACAGGAGCUGGAUGUUUUCCUCAGCCUGGUGUCAAGCAUCGACUGGCAGGGUGUCUCGAUGGAGUCGCGCCUGGAGAAGUUGCGGCUUGCGGCUUACUGCACAUGCGCCGCGAAGGAAGAAUGGGAGAGCCGGCCGCGUGGCUGCACCUUCGGCGGCGCCAAGAAGUCCAAGGCGGUGGCCUUUGGCAAGCGCCGAGACGAGGAAGGGGCGAGGCCGCCUGCGCUGGACUUCUUUGGACUGGGCCAGGACGAAGGUGCCAGUGAACCACAAAGACCGGCGGCGGCUUCUGCCCAGCAACAGCGCAAAGACCGGCCAGGCACGAAGAGCACAAGCGCGAAGGGCGCGAGCCAGGGGGUUGACAGCCAGCUUCAGCGGGAAGCCGUGGCGGCACUACGGCGUCGAAAUCGCAUCCAUGUGAGUCCCGGCACUCCCGAUCCGGUGGAGGCCUUCGAGCUCAUGUCUCAGCGCGGGGUUCCUGAGUGGCUGGUUCGCAACUUGAAGACUCUGGGGUUCGCAAAGCCCACGCCUGUUCAAAUGCAAUGCUUUCCCGCCAUCAUCUCUGGCAGUCACGUGUUGGCUUCUGCGCCGACGGGGAGUGGUAAGACCAUUGCGUUCCUCGGGCCCAUCUUGGCGCGCCUGGGCAAGCCAGGGAAGGAAUUUGCCCGGGCCUUGAUCAUCGACCCUUCCCGGGAGCUUGCCAAGCAGACCCUGGAUGAGUUCACGAAGCUGACCGCGGGCCGGAAGUGGAGCGGGCGUCUGGUGGACAGGAUGUCCGGCAACAAGGCAGGCAGCAUCAAGCGCCUCGAUGUCGCGGUAGCCACACCUCUGAGACUGGUGUCGAUGCUGAAGGAGAAUCGGAUUUCAUUGGAUGCCACAAAGCAUUUGGUGUUUGAUGAAGCUGAUAAGCUGCUAGACCUUGGCUUUGCGCCUCAAAUCGACGAGAUUCUGUCCUUUUGCCCCAAAGACCAGGGCAACUUGAUGCAAACCAUGAUGUUUUCCGCCACUCUGCCGCCUGUGGUGGUUGAGUUGGCCGGCUCUAUUCUGACCUCACCCUUGCGCAUCAGCAUUGGAGACGUGAAUGCGGCCGCGCCUGAUGUGGAACAGAAGCUGCUUUUCAUCACCAGUGAGGAUGGCAAGCUCUUCAGCCUCAGGCAGCUGCUGCAGGAUGGAGAGAUCAAGCCCCCAGCCCUGGUCUUCGUGCAGUCCAAGGAGCGGGCCAAAGAGCUCUUUGGAGAGCUGAUCUACGAUGGCAUUUUUGUGGAUGCCAUACAUGCCGACCGCACGAGGCAGCAGCGGGACAACACGGUGAAGGCCUUCCGCGCCGGGAAGCUCUGGGUGUUGGUGUGCACCGAUCUCAUGGCCCGCGGCGUGGACUUCAAAGGCGUGGAAACAGUGAUCAACUACGACUUUCCGCAGUCGUCUGCGACAUACAUCCACCGGAUUGGGCGAACUGGUCGAGCUGGACGGAAGAAAGGAAGAGCAAUCACCAUGUUCACCAUUGAUGACUUUGAGUCGCUGCGGAGCACCUGGACAGCACAGUGA